CUUAAACUUACAGUAUUUACACCUGCUAGUUGCAUCAAACGAACAUGGGGUUUGCUGACCGAGUCUUCUGAUUCGAGGAACACCUUAUGGAGCCAAGUACUGAAACCAAUGGCCUGCUGCGCGAUUUCGUUGCGGGUGCGGUGGCGGGUGCUUUCGCCAUCACAGUAUCCCAGCCUCUGGACACGGUGCGCGUGCGCAUUCAGCAGGCGUGCAGUGCCUCGGGUGGGGUGCCCUCCGCGCUCUCGGUGCUGUCAUCAAUGGUCCGCAAGGAGGGGUUGCUCAGCCCUUGGAAGGGGCUGACGUACCCCCUGCUCUUCGCUUCAGUACAGUCAGCCAUCCUCUUCCAGGCGUACGGGUGGACGCUGCGGCAGCUGGCCUCACCAGAGGAUGCGGAACAGCCCCAGAGGUCACAGCAGCAAGAACCGCCGCAGCAGAGCCAGCUACAUGGGAUACAUCACUCGCCAGUAGCAGGACAGCGCCAGUGGCCGCCCGCUAUGUUGGGGGGCGCCGAGGGUGCCGGCAGCAGCAGCGGCAGCGGUAGCAGUGCUGGCUCCGUGGCACUGCACCGGACUCAUCACCACGAAUCGCUCCAAGCAACCCAACAGCAACAACCACAGCAGCUUGCCUCCCAUCCCCACCAGCGCCAGGUUCACCAGCUGCACCUGCACCACCACCACCACGCGGUGUCACAGCAGAUGCGGGAGACGGAGGUGCACGGCCCCCACAGCGUCACAGGCGCAGUGGUGCACUACGUGGCGUCGUCACUGGGCCUGGAGCCUGCGGGCCCAACACAGCGGAGCUUGCUGGCGGGGCAAGCGGCAGGCAGCAGCCACAGCAGUGAAAGGAUCAGUCGCAGUGAAAGCAGCAGCAGCAGCAGUAGCAGGGGUUUGGCGGAGGUGCCGGCCACGGGCACCGGGCGACACGGUGGGGCGGAGGGGGCGCAGGAGGAGGCGGAGCGGCCGCAGCCCAUUCCCAUGCCCUGGCACGGUUUCGUGGCGGGAGGCGUGGCGGGCAUGGCGCAGGUGUUCCUGUGGUCGCCAGUGGAGCUGCUGAAGCUGAGGGCGCAGCUGCAGACCGCCUCGCCAGGCACUGCCGGCUACUGCAACCCGGCGGCGCUGGCGGCGCAGGUGGUGCGGCAGGACGGCGUGGCGGGUCUGUACCGCGGCUUCACACUGACGGUGGUCCGCGACGUGCCGUCAUACGCCAUGUACUUCUGGCUAUAUCACGACAUCGCGGCCGCGCUCAGCCCCGGCCUGCACCCGGAGCAGGCGCCGCCAGCCACACAGGUCCUGGCAGGCGGGCUGGCGGGUGUGUUGGCGUGGCUGCCCAUCUACCCACUCGAUGUCAUCAAGACCCGCGUGCAGGCGGUGUCCACAGCCGCGAGCACCAAGACCUGGUGGCAGCACUGCAAGGAGCUGCAAGCCGAGCGGGCGCUGUACCGCGGCUGCAUGCCCACACUGGUGCGCGCCUUUGUGAUGGACGGCGCCAGCUUCCUGGGCUACACCACCACACUGAAGCUGCUGGCGGGCGGCGGCGGCAGCGGCAGCCGCAGUGGCAGCAGUGGUAGCAGCAAUGGCAGUGGCAGCAACACGUAGGGUGGCGGCAGCAGUGGCGGCAGGCCAGCAGCAGUAGUGGGAGGCUGGGGCGGUGCACUCCAGUGCUCGGGUGGCAGCGCCGAGGCUGGGAACAUACGGGUAGCCGGUGUUGGCUGCUUCAAUGCCGGAUCGGGAGUGUGACUCGGAUGUCGAAUGUCUGUCAUGCAUUGCAGCUGUUGCAGUAUGUCCGGUUCACGGUUUGCGGAUGACAGCUGUGCUGCCUUGCGUUUUGGCGUUGCCAGUUGCCGGCUAAACACGUUUUGCCGUGUUUGGUAGUCCUGUGGUGGCGGCCAAGAGCAUGUGAUGGUGGGGAUAGUUCUGCUGACACAGAUGGCCGUUGAGUACUGCUGCUGUUGUCCACUCGACGUUUGCCUUAUUCAUGCUCAAGUACUCGGACACGACGCCUAAAUACAAGCUGAUUCAAGCUUCCGCCGAAUGCGUUGCGCUGCGGCACUGUCCUAGUGUCUUGCACGGCGCAAAAGCCUGUGAAAUGUGAAUGCU